GGCGCCGAGCCGAGCCGCGGCCACCGUGGGGCGGGGGGCGCCUCGGAGGCGGGGGUGGGAGCCGCGGCCGCCUGACCCUCCCCACCGGCGGCGGCUCCCGCUCGGAUGAACCUCUAGUCUUGCUUUGAAAAAGCCAUUUUGUGUAACUCUUGACUGCAUAAUUUCCUAAUACACCUGUUGGGAGGAUCACUGACACAGUAUGCCAUUUGAGAGGUACUUUUUCUUGACCAGAUACUGGUGAUUAGAGAAGAGAGGUGUUUUGUGGGUUUUUUUUGUUUUUUUUUUCCUGAUCAUUAUGAACACUGGCUUUUCACCCCUGAAGUAAAAAUGUUGAAAACCGAGUCUUCAGGUGAACGUACCACUCUCAGAAGUGCCUCUCCUCACAGGAAUGCAUAUAGAACUGAGUUCCAGGCACUGAAAAGUACCUUUGACAAACCCAAGUCAGAUGGGGAACAAAAAACAAAAGAAGGUGAGGGAUCCCAGCAGAGCAGGGGAAGGAAAUAUGGCUCCAAUGUCAACAGAAUUAAAAAUCUAUUUAUGCAGAUGGGUAUGGAACCCAGUGAGAAUGCUGCAGUCAUUGCCAAAACAAGGGGGAAAGGUGGAUCUUCAUCCCCUCAGAGGCGAAUGAAGCCCAAAGAAUUUCUGGAAAAAACAGAUGGCUCAGUUGUUAAGUUGGAGUCCUCUGUUUCAGAACGAAUUAGUAGAUUUGACACAAUGUACGAUGGCCCUUCAUAUUCUAAGUUCACAGAAACUCGCAAGAUGUUUGAGAGAAGUGUGCAUGAAUCAGGACAGAACAACCGCUAUUCCCCAAAGAAGGAGAAAACUGGAGGGAGUGAACCUCAGGAUGAAUGGGGUGGUUCUAAGUCCAACAGAGGCAGUACUGAUUCCUUGGACAGCCUUAGCUCCCGGACGGAGGCUGUCUCCCCAACUGUGAGUCAACUGAGUGCAGUAUUGGAGAACACCGAUUCCCCCAGUGCCAUCAUUUCUGAGAAGGCUGAGAACAGUGCAUACUCAGUGACUGGGCAUUAUCCCCUGAAUUUACCGUCGGUUACUGUUACAAAUCUUGACACCUUCGGGCACCUUAAGGAUUCUAAUUCUUGGUCUCCUCCAAGCAAACACAGUGACGAUGCAGAGGAUGCUCGGAAGAGUAAUACAACUCCAGUACUAGAAGUGGCUUCGAAAAGUACCUCUCUAGCUUCAGUGCCCAGUGAAGAGGCACAGCAGAGCAAGGAAGCCGAGGACUCCACAUCUAACCAAGAGACUCCUGACAGAAUUGACAGAGACAUUCCUGAAGGACCUUGUGCUGAAAACAAGGCAGUUACAGAGCCUGAAAUCCCUUCACCACAAAACGAACCUUCAGAAGACACAGAAGCUCAUUUGGUUGGGAGUGAGGCAGCAAUGCAACAGAAGAAAGAACUUGCAGGUGGUGAUUUUACCUCUGCUGAUGCAUCUAGAUUCAGUUGUGGAAAGGAAGUAUUCGAAGAUUCAAAUAAUUUUGGGAGCUCCCAUGUUUACAUGCACAGUGACUAUAAUAUAUAUAGGGUGAGAUCCAGGUAUAAUUCAGACUGGGGAGAAACAGGCACUGAACAGGAUGAGCAGGAAGAUAGUGAUGAAAACAAUUACUAUCAACCUGAUAUGGAAUACUCAGAAAUCGUUGGAUUGCCAGAAGAAGAAGACAUCCCGGCAAAUAGGAAAAUUAAGUUUAGUAGUGCUCCAAUUAAGGUCUUCAGCACAUACUCCAAUGAAGACUAUGACAGGAGAAACGAUGAAGUUGACCCUGUGGCUGCUUCAGCCGAGUAUGAACUUGAAAAGCGUGUAGAAAAGCUGGAACUUUUCCCAGUGGAACUAGAGAAAGAUGAGGAUGGACUUGGUAUAAGUAUUAUUGGAAUGGGUGUUGGAGCAGAUGCUGGACUUGAAAAGCUGGGAAUAUUUGUCAAGACAGUGACAGAAGGUGGUGCUGCUCAGCGAGAUGGCAGAAUACAAGUCAAUGACCAGAUUGUGGAAGUGGAUGGAAUCAGCUUGGUGGGUGUCACACAGAAUUUUGCUGCAACAGUUCUCAGAAACACCAAGGGCAAUGUCAGAUUUGUUAUUGGGCGAGAAAAACCAGGACAAGUGAGUGAGGUUGCCCAGUUGAUAAGCCAAACGCUGGAACAAGAAAGGCGCCAGAGAGAGCUGCUUGAACAGCACUAUGCCCAGUAUGAUGCCGACGAUGAUGAGACAGGAGAAUAUGCCACAGAUGAAGAGGAGGAUGAGGUAGGACCUGUUCUUCCUGGCAGUGACAUCGCCAUUGAAGUCUUCGAGCUGCCUGAGAAUGAGGACAUGUUUUCCCCAUCAGACCUGGACACAAGCAAGCUCAGUCACAAGUUCAAAGAGUUGCAAAUCAAACAUGCAGUUACAGAAGCAGAGAUUCAAAAAUUGAAGACCAAGCUACAAGCAGCAGAAAAUGAGAAAGUGAGGUGGGAACUAGAAAAAACCCAACUCCAGCAGAAUAUAGAAGAGAAUAAAGAAAGAAUGUUGAAGUUGGAGAGCUACUGGAUUGAGGCUCAAACGUUAUGCCACACGGUGAACGAGCACCUCAAAGAGACUCAAAGCCAGUAUCAAGCCUUGGAAAAGAAGUACAACAAGGCAAAGAAACUGAUCAAGGAUUUUCAACAAAAAGAACUUGAUUUCAUCAAAAGACAGGAAGCAGAAAGAAAGAAAAUAGAAGAAUUGGAAAAAGCUCAUCUUGUGGAAGUUCAAGGCCUGCAAGUACGGAUUAGAGAUUUGGAAGCUGAGGUGUUCAGGCUACUGAAGCAAAAUGGGACUCAAGUUAACAAUAACAACAACAUCUUUGAGAGAAGAACAUCUCUUAGUGAGGUCUCUAAAGGAGAUACCUUGGAGAACUUGGAUGUCAAGCAGACACCUUGUCAAGAUGGCCUAAGUCAAGACUUUAAUGAAGCAGUCCCAGAGACAGAACGCCUGGAUUCAAAAGCACUGAAAACCCGGGCCCAGCUUUCCGUGAAGAACAGACGCCAGAGGCCCUCUAGGACAAGACUCUAUGAUAGUGUCAGUUCAACAGAUGGCGAGGACAGUCUGGAGCGAAAGCCUUCAAACAGUUUCUAUAACCACAUGCACAUUACCAAAUCACUUCUGCCCAAGGGUUUGAGAACUUCUCCAGAAUCAGAUUCUGGUGCUUCAUCCCUCACUCCAGUGGCUGGCAGUGUGCCCUUCUCGUCUGACCACAUAGCUGAAUUUCAAGAGGGACCCCUGCACCCAGAAAGGGAGCCUUCCUCCUCUACUGGGGGAGACACGUCAUUCUCCUCUCCUUCAAAAUCUGAUCAUGAUAUGGAAGAAUCUCCUUGCCACCAUCAAGCCACCACCAAGAAAAUACUACAAGAAAAAGAUGGUGCCAAAGGUCCCAGAUCACUGAGGGCAUCAAGUUUGUUGGUGGUGCGAGGAGGAAAAAUUAAGCGGAAGUUUGUGGAUCUGGGGGCGCCUUUGCGAAGGAAUUCCAACAAGGGAAAGAAAUGGAAAGAAAAAGAGAAAGAAGCCAGUAGGUUUUCUCCAGGUAGCAGGAUCUUCAGCGGCAGGCUGGAACACUGGAAACCGAAGCUGUCCUCCACUGCUCAGGCCUCCACGCCAUCAGCGGGCCUGCCUUUCUCGUGGUUUAACGAAAGCCGGAAAGGAUCCUAUUCCUUCAGGAACCUGCCUGCAUCUGCAAGUCCCCUUCAGCCUUCUCCUGAAACUCUAAUUUCAGAUAAAAAGGGGUCUAAGAAUUUUACCUUCAGUGAUGACUUCAGCCCCAGCAGUACCAGUUCAGCAGACCUGAGCGGCCUGGGAGCAGAACCCAAAACACCUGGGCUCUCUCAGUCCUUGGUGCUCUCAUCAGAUGAGAGCCUGGAUAUGAUAGAUGACGAGAUUCUUGAUGACGGACAGUCUCCCAAACACAGUCAGUGUCUGAAUCGGGCCGUUCAUGAAUGGAGCGUGCAGCAGGUUUCUCACUGGCUAAUGAGCCUAAAUCUGGAGCAGUAUGUCUCUGAAUUCAGUGCCCAAAACAUCACUGGAGAGCAACUCCUGCAGUUGGAUGGAAAUAAACUUAAGGCUCUUGGAAUGACAUCAUCCCAGGACCGAGCAGUGGUCAAAAAAAAACUCAAAGAAAUGAAAGUGUCUCUAGAGAAGGCUCGGAAGGCCCAAGAGAAAAUAGAAAAACAAAGAGAAAAGCUGAGGAGGAAGGAACAAGAGCAAAUGCAGAGGAAGUGUAAAAAGACAGAGAAGAUGGCAGCCGCCACAGAGGGUGCUGGUGAGCAGUGACACACACGGAGAAGUUUCCACCUCUUCCUGCCCUGCUCUCCUCCGGAGGAUGAAGAAGAAACUGAUGACAGGGGUAAUGUGCUCUAGGCAGACUGGGGAACUGUGUGUUCAAUAACUGCAUUUUCUGCAUUAAUAGAGUACACUCACUCUUAACCUACUGAAAUAAUCCCAAGCCACCUUUGGUUUAGUAACAAACCAAGGAUCUCAUUUGUGAGAGGUGCGAAGUAGCAGUGUUUCUCUCUUCCUUGUGUUGGGUGGGUGGUGUCACUUGAAGAACCAGCGUGAUCCUGCUCAACAAGAGCAUGGCACACCGUGGCGCUGUCCAUGGAAUGCCAUGCAUUUUCAAUAUGCGAUCCUGAAACUGAGCAACGGCACAUAUCUGCAUGGCCGAGAACACCGCUCUGCCAUGAGAUCUGGGCUGCAGAAUCUGUCCCGGUGUGUGGGAAAGGUUCCCCCUCAUUUGUGUGUGUCUGGACACUGAGACAACCCCGCUGUGGAAAUGUGGGUGCUCUUUGCCUACUGUGGCAAAAAGCAAGCAAACUGUGCUGCCUGCUGGGCAUUGGGAAGAGAGAAAAGAAUUACACUUAUUUGUUAACCCCAGAAGGAAGCAAAAGCCUUAAGAAUGCGGAUGUGGGCAUUACCUUGGGGUUCUGAGGGUAACAUUUAUCCUCCAGAUUUAGCCAAGCAAAGAAAAAUUCAGACAUUAGUGCAGCCAUGGGAUAUCGGGAUCUGCUGUUUACUUUGCUACUGCUGCAUGUUCAGUAUUUCAGCAGCACCGACACACACAACACAGUUCCUUUUCUCCCCAACAAAUUGAACAGAAAAUUGAUUUUUAAGGAAGCCAACAUUUUCAGGUUUCCUCUCCUGGGGAACAUUCUGGCUGGUCUUCAGCCUGACUAUGACACAAUCAGGAACUCAUCACAUGUUUUCUACUCAAGAUUUCCCAAGUGGGCUCAGUCAGACUUUUAAGAAAUGUACUUUUAAGAAAAAUAGAAAUACCAGUUAGAGAAAAGUUAGAUUUGACUAACAUUCGACCAGAAAAGCAAUUUUAUUGAGCACACAGAAUGUUCCCGUAAAGAAGAGCUGUCAGUUAUAUUUUAGAGAUGUUUUGAAUGGUUUUUCUGAGCCAUUCUCUUUCAUUCUUUGGAGAUCUCCACUUUACAGUUAAAGUUUAUUUAAGACGGUACACGUGAUGCAGGCUGGCAGUGCAGGCGGUUAUACUAUUUUAAAGCCAGUAUUAAGGAUUUCAGUGUUUCAUCAAACUAAUGCAAGUGCAGGAGAGUGGGGCAGAAGGAGGAGAAAAUAAACUCAUCUUGAGAAGUUUCAAAUGAUGGAUUUUUUGUUGUCAUUGUUGUUGUUGUUUUGCUUUUUAUGCUCAUGCAUCUGGUUCUCUUUGCUGCAUUGGCUGUAAAAAUGAGGUCAUCCACUUUCCAGAGGACGAGUUUCAAAAUAAGAGUUGAGGCCAGACCAAUCCUUGGACAAGUAUUUUACUUCCUUUACUUCGUUUUUUGGGGGCAGGGGCGGUGGUCUCUGUCCUUGUCUUCCACUGGAAAUGCUCUAUACGCAGAGCUUAGGGGAAGGCUUUUGAAGGUUACAAGUAACAGAUAAUGGAAAGGGGCUUCUUCCCAUAUAGCUCCAUCUCCUAUUUUGAAGCAUUGUGAUUUUUUUUUUUUUUGCUUGUCUGAAUAUCCAAAAUCUGAAAUUGUCUAAACCAGAAAUUUAUAAUCUUGUUCUUCCCUAAGGCUUGUUUCCUUUUCAGUGACAGUGUUGUCUGUUAAGCUUCAGUUCCCUUGUCACUAGGUAUAGAUCAUUCAUUUGAUCCUCAGAAACACUGGCAUAAAGUAACAUUGUGUUUUACAAUUAUCAAAGUCACUACCUAUUUUUUUCUAUCGUCAUUUGGGGUAUGAUAAUGAAGCUCUAUACUAGAAUCUCUAUUAAUAUUUUGAGAUAGGUGGUGCUUUGCUAUUUAUUAAUAUCAUGGGAAACCAGGAACCACUAUCAAUGAACUACAAAAUUCAGCAAAUCUUUUCAAUACUAAAAGACUAAAUUAGUCAAAAAUCUGGUAAUGCUAGUGCUUGCUAUUGUAAAUUUUUGCCACUUUUCGCUUAUCUUUGGGGGAAAAAAGUGAUCUGGAUUGUACUGGAAGUUUCACUGUACUCAUUUUAAGAGUGGAAAUAGAAGGAUGAUUUAUGUUAAGUUAUGUUUACACUUUGGUAAUAUUUGAAAAUGGAAGUAUAUACUGGAAUUGUGUAUAAGUCUCAGUCUCUGCACAUAAUUUAUGAUCUACUAUAUUGCAUUUUUAGAUGUCUUAGAAGUAUUGUUCUUUAACUUUAUUUGUACACUUCCAAUGUUUAGAUCAACAACCAACUGACAAUAUUAUAAAUCAAAUUCUUAUUCCUCAAAUCAUUUAGUUUGUAGUAUAACAGUUUUGAUUUUUUAAGUUAAAUUAUAGUAAUUUUAGGUCUUAAUGAGUUAUUUUAACAUUACUAAUUAAAACUGCUGAAAUUGAUUUGAUUGUCCAACAAAGGAUAAAGCGUAAACAUAUUGAUAAAAGGAUAUGAAAACAAAGUGAAGGACCUCAGAUCUUGUGAACAUUUUGUUUUCCUGUUAUUUCCUUUAUUGACUCUGGUGCAUGAUGCCUAAUUGAGGUUCCAGUGUCUUACACAAUCCUAACUUUAACGCUAGUGGUUUUCAGUAUCCUUACAGUUUAGCCCAGAAUUGUUGCUUCAUGAACGUUACAGACUUUGUAGUUUUUUUAUUUAUCAGAAAAUGAACAAAAAGGGAAUAUCUGGUUACUAGGAACCAUAUUCCUUCAACGACAGCUCAGUAUGACUCUAACAAAAGCCAAAAGUGUUUUGGGGGUGCAGGUAAUGCUUUGGGGGACAGGAGAUUGUGGUGAGGCCAAGCGGUAGACAGAGAGCAUUGUAUGAGCUGGGUGUCUGGGGCAGGGUGUUCCACUAAAGGACUUAGAUUACUUUAUUUAAAGACUAUCUCCCUUAAAGUAACUCACAGGUUAUGUAGUAGUUUUCUCCUUUCUUUGCCUGAAUCAGAAGUUUACUGCAGAGUGAUAAGUUAGGGUAGAAAUCUAAUUUUGCCCAUUCUAACACACUGCUGAAGUCCAGCAUUAAUUUCAUGACAAUGAAGCUACUCUAUACUAUCCUCCUUUAGCUGGGGUUGACAUGGAUUUCCCACCCUCAACAUCCCGUAAGCAUUUUAACCCAAACAGUUCAUGACUGCAGUGUGAUAGGGGUGCCUCCGCUUCUAAACGGGGCGUGAAAUGGGAAGACUACCUUGUGCUUCUUUGUUGUCGUUGGAAACAGAGGGGCAGGAGGCCAAGAGAGGAACCAAAUGAACCCUUGUUUUAUCCUGUAGUCAUCGCUACCCUGAAAUCUUGAGAUAUCCCAGGCCCAAGCUGCAGGCCCCAGCCAGGUUGUUUGAUCUAGCACUUUAAUUAGCCUUUACGGUUUCUGCUGAAGACAAAGAAUUCUCGGCUAGGUUCUUUGUGUAAUAGGAAAUGUGUGCUUUAAAAUUAUAUUGUAAAAGGUAAAUGAAAACUUACAUUUAUAUGACUAUUCUAACUCAUUUGUAAGUGUUAAAGGUUAUACAGACCAAGCUGCAAGAGAGGAGAACCAGUGUUUGGCCAUACUAUUCAAGAAGUUUCAAAAGGAGGUAUCCCAGCAAUUCUAAAUCAAAUGUCUAUGCUUGGGAUGUGAUGUAGCCCCUUCAUUACAUGGAGGUAUUUCAGAAUUACCAACUUCCAUUUGAGUAAAUUUACUGUCCCAAUAGAGCUGCAGAUGAGGGGCGUUUCAACUUGGUGGACGGCAGUCACUAGGGUUCAAGUCACCUGCUUAAUGCCAAGUCCUUAGUGCUUUCUGAAUGAAAAGGUAAAAUGAAAAAGAAAAGCCCGGUUUUUAAAAUAUCUUUUUCCAAUUUACCUUUAAUCAAGGAUCUACCUGCACACUGUUAUGAAGCUAAGCAUUUAAGGAUGAAGUCCAGAAAUAAAAUGUCCAUAUUUUCUACUAGAAUUGCUUUCGUUAUGAUGAUAGGGGUGGGAAGUAAGUUCUCAAAAAGAAGCAGCGUUGUAAGAAAUACGAACGUGCUUCAGAAAUUCACUCCUGAAGAACAGCCUGUGUAUGCAGGCAGAUCUUGUUUAUAUUUGUCUUAGGCAUUUAAAGUCUCAGGAAACUUAGUCUUGGUCCAAAACACUGGGGAAAAAAAUAACACCAGACAGUACAGCAGUAGUAUUUAAAGUAGCGGCAUAGAAUAGACCCGACCUAGAAAUCAAAGGGCAAAGAAAAAGCCUACAGAAGCAACUUCCCCUGGAAAAUGAAAACAUCAGGCUCUACCUUAUGCACAACAGAGGGUCCUGACGUGCUUGUGUGUGCGUGUCUGUGUGGACGCGCUGAGGGAAUGGUGGUUACUGGAAGGCUCACACGUGUGAGUGGGUGGACCAAGCAUGGCGCGUGACCCGCCCGCUUCCAGACCUGCAGAGUGGGGAAAGAAAGAAACAUGAUGAUUUCCAAUCCUUGCCCCCUCCCCCCAGCCCCCCCCCCAAAUCGCUAGGGACGCGAGAAUGAAUGAGGUAAAGAAUAAGAGAACAAGAGGCAACGUCUCAAGAAUGUGCAUGCCAUUUGUGUAGACGUACAGACCUACAUACGUGUGAAUAUAUCUCCCACCGUACAUACAUGCACAUACUGCAGUCACAUGGCAUCAAAAUAUAUAUUGUAUAUGGAACUUGGUAAUGUCAGAUAGGACCCUGAGCAGUAUCGUAGCCUUACUGCCACUUUUUUUGUGUGUGUACAUUGAAUGGCUCAUGAGAUUUUAAGAGAUUUUUUUAAUGUAUUUCUAUUAAAUGCACUUAUCCUUCUACAUGUUUAUAUAUUUUGGUAAAACUGGUUUAUUAGAUACUUGGUAUUUUAGCAGGAUGAAAUUUCCUCACACGUUUGGUUAAUGCUUUGAUGUCAAGAUUGCACAUUGCUGAGUUGAAGCUCAGAAGUUUAUACAGCUUUGGGGAUUUUCAGCUGCAGAUUGCAGUUUCCUUGGCUAAAAAUUGCACUGUGUGUUCUUGUGCAUUUGCUCACGCUCUGAAAUUACAUAUUUGGUCGCUGUGAUGCAUAAGUCACUAACUACUGGCUCUCCGAUGGCAGCGUUGCUAUCACAGGACCAUUUAUUUGUGGUCCUCCACCAUCUUUUGUGGAGUGAUGCCACAGUUAGCUCAUCACCAAAUAUAACACAAGUGGAUAGGAGCGCGAGUGUGUUGUUGGAAGGUGUACACUUCUAUUUCCUUCAGCUGUCUUAUUCACACACCCAGGUUUCCUGUUAAGAAUUUAAACUUUCACCCAUGAAAGAACAAUUGGCCAAAAUAAUUAAAUCCCCUUAGAAAGUGGAAAUUAGGAGGCACUCCAGCUAGAUAACACCUCCAACAACAUCAGAGUUAGUUAGUGCUUAGUGAAAACCCUUAAAUAUGUAUGUAUAUGUUUUCCUUAAUAUUAUUUAUGAUCAUCACUGCUGCUUUCGUACCUUUUAAUGGUGUUGCAGUUAAACCACUAGUACAUCUGCUACGUAUCACUAACAAAACUGGCCGGCUGAAAACAAAAAAAGAGAGAGAAUGAAUUCUAUUCCGUUGUAGAGGAGUUGAUUUAUUUUCAUCUUUCUUUAUGUAUCACUAAA